AUGUCUGGCGGCGGUAUCAAGGAACGUUCGUCCAUGGCCGGGCCUGGACGAAACGCAAGUAAAUCAGGGAUUCACAAGAAGAAGCGACGGCGCAAGCACAAGACGCUGCGCAAGUCUCGGUCCGGGAUCGAGACUCUUCAUGGUGUGUCUGCCGGGCAGACACAAGUGUCAACGGUGGCCGUCGAGACGUUGAACAUCUUGACGCGGGCCAGUACUGGGUAUCAGUACGAGAAGAUGGAGUUGGAGAACCCUCCGACUGAUGCGUCGGAGUUGACCUCGCUUCCAGUCAUGAGCUGGAAGCGCUUCGCAAAGGACCUGUACGAUGGACGCAUCGAACAGCUAUGCAUUCUUUCGGACUGCGAAAGAAUGACAAGCGAAUCAGAGGAGUUGGACCAACUCUUCGCUGGAAGCCCCACUGAGAGUGGUGAUACAAUCAGUGGCAAGACGAAGCAGGAACGCUUCAACGAGCAGGGUUGCAAGAUGCUGCGAGAGCACAUGGAUGUGCUCUCGGACGGGACUCCCUCGGAAGAAGUAUUCCGACGCGACAGUGGCUACUGUCGCGGGAUCAAGCAAAAUGCGCAACGCAUUGCUUGUGUUCCGUGCGCGACUUCGCACCGAACUGCUUCUACAUGA